AAAACGACAACAUGGUGCUGCUAGAGAAUGACACGUUCUUAAGUGAGCUGACGCGGCUUUUCCAGAAAUCGAGAACAUCUGGUUCAGUCGUACUGACGAUGAAGCGUUAUGAUGGACGGACAAAACCCAAGCCUCGCCCCGGGAGAGGGGGAAGCCAGUUAGAGCCCUCAGAGUACAAGUGUCUUGUCAGAGCACAGUUAGCAAACAAAAAAAUAUCAACAGUGAUAACACAGAAGGAUGUUAACAGAUUUCAGUUGGCUUAUGCCAAUCUUCUCAAGGGAAACAUGGAUGGAUUAAAGAAGAAAGACAAGAAAUCAGCUAAAGCAAAACCGAAGUCAAAAGCGACUCAGUAAUGAAGCCAUGGGAGUUCCAUUCAAGGCGGCCAGCAGGUUGGCAGAAUCUGGGAGGCUGGAGGAACGGGCGGAUGCAGGUCUGAGUGCAAUGCGGACAGUGUACUGUUAAUAGAAAUAAUGACACUGGCGUUUCCAGUCAGCUGGAAUUCCAAGAAUUGCUAUUGAUAAGGUGCAGGAUGACAGGCAAUUUUGGUGGGCUAGUGUCUGUGUUUGUAGCGGGACGUUUGGCACAAACAAGCUGCUAUUGUUGGCAUGUAUUGACUUCUUCAUCAUUUUUGCUGCUGUCCUCAAGAUGCCACGCUACUUGAAGUUGAACAUCAUGACUUCUUAUGGAAUGCCAGCAAGGGCUACAAUGUACAUGUGCUGAGCAGAACUAACUUUGAUGUAUUGUGGGAAAUUACAAACAAAGGCUGCCGGACUUCUAAUAUUUGACUGCAUCUACACAAGAAAUAAUGUCAAAGCAAUGUUAUUCACUUAAUCAAACAAUUAAAUGGGUGUAUUGAAUCUUAUUUCUACGCUAUGAUAAUCAGUGAUUUGUAAGAGUGGAAAAACUCAGAUUCAUCUUGCUAAAGAUUUAUAUUUAACAAUUAAGGUAAUAGCAUGAAAACUUCAUGCAAAUGACUGUAUUCAGGCUACCAUAAACUGCCUGAAAUUUCACUGAUGACCAAGUGGCAUAUUUUGAAAGAUUAUGACAAUUCUGUUGAUUGUAGAAACCUGUUUUGUUUGGAAAGUAGGAUGAUAUCCUACUGGAAAAAUAGUAAAACAGUUCCAGAACCAAAGGUAGCAUUGUUAUGACAUUUAUUUGCCUCUAAAAUGCACUUUGGGUCAAAUUUAGUCAUUUACGGUACUUGUGAAUCUUAUUUCUAAAUAUAAUUAUACUUUCCAUGCGUUUAGCCUUGCCAUUCCCUCAGUUUUUCUUGUUUUAUGGUUUUUAGGUUUAUUAUACACAAGAUUUAUGGAUUUGGUGUAUUGUGUAACUGAUGAUAAAAAUAAAAUAAUCCAUCAUUUUAUGUUGAACCCAUACAGGAGUUGAAUGACAUAUUUUGGUUAAAUGGGAUAAAAACUUAUACUCUAAUAUCGCUGAUAUACUUUCGUUGUAGAUGUAUAUAUAAGAUACACAUAUUAAUAUGUACAUUACUUCAUAUAAAGAAGAAAAACGUUAUGUAUUGUUUUGUGUCAUUGCUUUUGGAAAAAUUAAGAUUGUUGUUACAUGUAUAACCAUUAGCCUAGACUCGUAAGAAAAAUAUCCACAUUUAAUACCGCUUACGCAAUCUUUUUUUAGGCCUAAAAUAGUGUUAUCAGUGUCCUAUGGUAUGUGAGCGAUUACUAUGCGUGGCUGGUGUACAGAUUUGGUUGAAACUUUUAUUUCAAGUGGAUCAUAUGAAAAACUACACCACCCCUAUUACUCAAUAGUCAUAUUUGAAUGUCGAUGAAAGCGAUGAUUAGAAAUCGUUGCUAAAAUUUCGUAUCAGCAAUUUUGUAAUUAGCAAUAUCCUGUAAUGUACCUCAGCACUCAACCGGUGUAAAAAUCAUGUGCCCGUUGUGCCAUCAGAUGGUAUCCGUUGCCUAUAUAUAAAAAUAAUUGCUGUACCGGUAUUUCAUGUUGUGUUUGCUAUCAUGUAAUAAAGGGCAGUGAGUGGUGAACGCCAGACCAGUGUCUCUGAGCAAUUUGUAUACAAGCAACAUUGACGACACUUGUCAUGGAUCACGUCUGCGUGUUAUUGCUCUUGCUGGGUGACGUUUGUCUCUUAUCUGGUAUCUGAA